CGCUUCUUUUUAACAGAUUACCUAAAGCCAGAGCCUUGUCUGCCCAGAUCCUGUAAUACAUGCAGAUAUGUCAUACCUACCUAGUACCUAGGUACCCGGUAGACUAUGCUUUUCCUCUAUUCAGACGUUCCGAAACCCUGUCACAUUCGCUUCGAUGAUAUCGUCAGAAUGGAUCGAGUAUUAAAACUUCUCAGCGCAGACUCAGCCUAUCGGAAAUCGAUACUUUAGCAGAUAUGUCCAAGUUAUUUAUUGGCGGCCUUGCAUGGCACACCGAGGAUGCUACACUCAGACAGAAAUUCGAGGAGUACGGCCCUGUUGAGGAGGCGGUUGUCGUUAAAGAUCGUGAUACCGGCCGUAGUAGAGGUUUCGGCUUCGUCCGAUACGUGAACGAGGCGGAUGCCCAGAAGGCAAUUGCCGGCAUGAACAACGUCGAAUUUGACGGACGAGCUAUUCGUGUCGACAGGGCGUCUGAUACCGGCCCCCGCGGUGGCGGCGGCGGACGGGGUGGCGCAUACGCACCAAGAGGCGGAUACGGUCAACAGCCACAAAUGCCGUAUGCUGCUGGUCAACCGAUUGCGUACGGAAUGCCGAACCCGGUGAUGUACCCACCGGCUUACGGACGAGGCGGCUACCCACCGCAGCCGGCCUACGGGACGCCCCCACCUCAAGGUUAUGCGCCGUAUGGAUAUCCAGACCAACAGCAGCAAGGCCAACAGCCGCAGCAACAGCCACCUCAGGGGCAGCCGCCAUACGGACAGUAAGAUCCCGCGUGACUGGCGUGGCAUCAAAUUAACGACUCAACAAAAGUGAAAAAUGAUAUCUAACAAAAAAAUAGCCCUAGUAGCACACUCCUCACCGACUUAGUUGAUGUUUGGAGAUCUAGCUUUCCUAUAACACCGCGACAUUCCUUACGCACGAUGCCACCAACGCGGUGCCCCAUCCUAACGCCAAUCCUUUGAAUCGUUCCACCUCUUCGAGUACCCGACCUCCAAGAUGGUGGAUUGAAACAAGGGAUAUCUCCCAUUUGUACGUACAUUCGU